AUUAUUUUUACUAUUUCAUCUACAUCAUCAACCCAAACCCACCAACGUCAUAAUGUGUUCGAGUUUGUCUGUCCAGCUUGGUGAACGACUUCAUCCCCACCAGAUCUUGUGAGUCUAGGAACCGAGAAGAAACAAUUGGUUUUCAUCUUCGUCUCUCUUCUUCUGUCUUCUUGCCUCUCUUGUUAUUCUUUCAUUCCUCAUUUACUUUGCCUUUUUCUCUACGAUGAGUGAUCACUUCCAUAGACGGUUGAUUGACCGCCACUCUUCACAAAAUAAUCAUCGUUUCUGUGGAAAUCAUCGACCUAAAAGCUAUUUCUCUGAUGAUGUUACCGGCGAUGAAGAGUUUGAUCCAUUUGAUGGAGAUGAAGUGGACGAUAGAACUGACAUGGCCUCGUUUUCUCCACCUGAAGCUAUGUGGUUACAUCGUAAGAUGAAUCGUACUACAGCUGAACAAUUGUUACUUGGAAAUGAUAAAGUUGGAAGUUAUCUGGUUCGCGAAAGUGACCGUAAAAAAGGACUUUUUGUACUAUCAUAUGCGGGUGAAUCUGGAAUCAAUCAUUUCCAAAUUAAAUCGCUUUUCGGUGCUUAUUACAUUGGUGGUCGACAAUUCUCAUCUCUUCGGCAUUUGAUUGGAUUUUAUACCAGUUUCUGUGAUUUACUCAAAAAAGAAAGACUUCUUCAUCCAGUUGUACCCAAAGAGCCUUUUCGUGCAGAAAAACGAGUCAUUGCUGUUUUACCGUAUUCACAGUUACCUGAGACUGACGAAUUAAGUUUUUCAAGAGGCGAUAUUUUCACUGUCCAUAAUGAUCUAGGAGACGGUUGGCUUUGGUGUACUCUUGAAAGAACACAAGAAAGUGGACUUGUUUUCAAACAACUUGUCGAAGAACUUGAGGAUAAUAGUGAUCCCAAUGAUAUCUAUCCGUGGUUUCAUGGGUCGAUCAGUAAGGACGAAGCAGUUGAAAAGUUACGAAAAAUGGGAUCUGGAAGUUUUCUAGUGAAAAAUAGUGACAAUAGUCCAGGUCACUAUUCCCUGUUCUUCUAUAUGAGUAAUACCAUUCAUCGAUUUCGAAUUGAGAAACGAGGAUCCAGAUACAUAAUGGGAAACAGAAUGUUUGAGACUCUAGAGGAUAUUGUUCUUAUGUAUCGAAAUGAACAGAUAAUUGCUGGAUAUCGCCUCGGGGACCCUGUUCUCAAAUCUCCUUUAGAAGCCUCUGUUGUGUCGAGAAAAUCUCAAGAAAUUGGAAACAAAUCGUCAGAUGUUUACGUCACCUUGAGAGAGAGCAGAGAAAUGUCCAAGACAAAUAAAAGUGUCCGAAUGAGAGGUUUCCUUAGUAAGAAGAGCGCAAAGAGUAAAAAAUGGAAAAACUACUUUUUUGUUUUGGACUCUAAGGAACAGCAUCUUUAUUAUUACGAGAACGAUCGUCGAACCAGACCAAAGGGAUUGGUUGACUUAAAUUACAGUUUCUUAUAUCUUGCUCACGAUUCUUUAUUCGACCGGCCGAAUUGCUUUCAAUUAGUCGAAAGACCAUUGCCCUGUAUGAGUACAGUUUAUUAUUUAUGUGCACCAUCUUAUGAAAUCCUCCAGGAAUGGGUUCAAGCCAUCAAACCGUUCUGUGUUCAACAAAUGAUGAAAGGCCAAUCUCUGGCAUCUAAUGCAACAGAAGUGCGAACUCUGUUCGUUACCUUAUUAGAAGCUCAUCGAUUACCUAUCAAACUAGUCCCUCAUCCAUUCUGUAUCAUAUCACUUAAUCAAGUGAAAGUUUGUCGAACUCAAGUCAAGUGUCCACCCGAUCCCAUUUGGGAGGAGGAUUUUAUUCUCGAGGACAUACCAUGUGAUGUGAAUUCAUUUUCAAUCAAUCUUUACACGAAAGGGAAACGAUCAAAGGACACGGAGGUGGCCGAGAUGUUAGUUGAGUUAAAUAAGCUCAAUAACGGCAUUGAAAUUGAAGAUUGGUUUCCAUUGACUGGUAUAUGUCCACCGAUGAACAAUGAAUGGGGCUCACUGAGAGUACGAAUACGUUAUGUCCACGAGUUGAUUAUGCCUUUGCACGAGUAUGAUGCCUUGAAAGAGUUGCUCAUGUCUGAAGAUCUUGAAGUUAUCUCAGUUUUAGAAGAGUUUUGCCACCGCGACCGUGCUCCAUUAGGAAAUGCGCUGUUACGUGUUUUCAAACACGAAUCCAAAGAAGCUAUUCUGCUCAAGUCGAUGAUCGAAAGAGAAAUUAAAAGAGAAAACGAAACAUCGACGUUGUUUCGCAUGAACUCUCUGACAACGACUCUAAUGGAUCAAUACAUGAGGGUAACGUGUCAUACUUUUCUAAUGAAAGCCUUGAAAGACAGUUUGCAACGAGUUCUUGAGACUCGACAAUCAUGUGAACUCAAUCCUAGUCGACUGGACAGUCUACAAGAAGCGUGUGCCAACGCUGAACAUCUAUUAUCGCUUCUUGAUGAUGUUGUUGAGAAAAUAUUCCGUUCUGUCGAUUAUUGUCCACCUACACUCAGAUACAUUUGUGGGUGUUUGCAGCGAGCCGUUGCCGCUAAAUGGCCUAAUGAUCAUUAUGUUAAAACACAAGUUGUCGGAAGUUUCAUCUUUCUUCGUCUUAUUUGUCCUGCUAUUCUCAAUCCACGAGUAUUCAACAUUAUAAAUGAAACACCUUCUGAAAUAGCCGGAAGAAGUCUUAUUCUCAUUGCCAAAUCUUUACAGAAUUUGGCAAAUCUGGUUGAAUUCGGUGUUAAGAAUCUUAUUCACUCUGAUCGCUUCGGAGAGGUAAUUCCUCCUAACAAAAGGGAGCCAUGGAUGGAAGUUGUCAAUCCGUUUAUUCUGAAAAACAAAGCUCGAAUGAUCAAGUUUCUCAAUGAUUUAUCGAGUAUCCAUGAUUGCCCUGACCCAGAAGAUAUUCCAAGAGGAGAUGCCGCUAGAGAACUAGCAACAGUCCAUUCACUGUGUGAAUUGUAUAAGGAUGAAAUCUACAGUCUUAGUCACAAUCGAACAACACUCAGAAAACUGGUCGCAGUCUCUGAUAUGCUCACUAAGCACAAACUUCAUUACUCUGAAGCUUUUCAGCAAACAUUAAGUUGAUCUGUAACUGUAAAUUCACGUAGCAAUUUAAAUUAUUUGUAAAGCCGAUUUAUAUUAAAAACAGAUCAAAAAUUAAAGAGAUGGGACCGAGUACAAAUCAAAAAGGAGUUUUUCUGUUCCCGAUCAAAAUGUUUCGUGUCGAUCUCAAGCCAAGUCAAUACAAUAUGAUAGACAAGGACAAUAAUCGAAGCGAAAUUCAAAAAAACAAGCGAAUGCAUUUAUUUCACUGUUACUUUCGUCAACUUGUCUUUUCUUGCUCACAAACGAUUAACUUUUGCGCCAACGUUUUCCUUUUUCAUAAAUUUUCUUGUUUUUUGCCUAAAUUUUGAUAAAUGGAAAAUAUUAAUCCGCUCAUAUCAUUUACUUUUUUCAUCUCACCUUUUGAGAGUAAUUUGCAAUAAUCUGAUUCUUGUUUGACUCAGUGAAAGAAAGACUUGCAAAUGUCAUCAAAUUUUGUAUUUUUUCUUCUGCUUUUUCGUAGUUGGUUCGUUUAUGGGGUCAGUGAAUGAGUUUUGUGUCACUUUUUUCUGGAUACACUUGGCUGUGCUCUACAAAAGUGGACCUGGUGACGGGUUCUACA